ACGACGAAGCAGAUGACAGGUGGGAAAAAACACACUGGACCCGUCGUCCUGUUACCUGCUUCGUCGUCCCCAGACUGAAAUUAACGUUGCCCGUUACAAGCUUAUACCAGUGUGAAUGCAUCAUUUACCUGCCUCCAGCAUACCCGUCCAGCGACAUGUGCGGUCCGAAACAUCUCAACGUGCCAAAUACUGAAUCAAAACUCCCGAAAAAGUCGCCACAGCGUACUAAUAGGACUACGCUGACAGCGAUUAUUCAGGCGACGUCGAGGAAGAGAUUCGGAAUGAAAGACACUCUGACGAAGAACCAAGCAUGUGGAGCGCUGUUGAUCAAUUAUCCUUUCUCCUGCUCAAGUGGAAAGAAGCCCGGCAAAUUCCAGAGUCCACAAUCAGCGAUCAGCGCAAAAUGGAAACGAGGUGCACAGAACUGGCGGCAAUGACAAUGAAGGGGCAAACGCAAGAGCAUGAAGGGGGCUGUGAUCAUGACCAUCAAAUGGAGGAACUCAAAAAGGGCUUGGCAGAGCUGCAAGAGGAAAACAAUGAACUGCGUCAGGAAAACGUACAGCUGCGGGAGGAACUGGCUAGCACACACAACGAACUGAAGGACAAGAAGGCCCAGGGAGAUGCUGUUGUGAAGAUGAUUAAAAAGCUCCGCAGGUGGGUCCGUACUGCCAGCAGCUCCACUAAUGGUCGGGCCCCCGCCACGGAGGACAUUGGGAAUGGUGUACAUGUUGGCAUCAACACACUAGAACGCCUAAAGGCUACAUACAUAGGUGCGGUAGCAGCCCUAAGCUUUGCCCACAACCUACUAAGGGCUGUGUUCCAAGAUGAUGAGCUACUUGGAAAAUCACUGUUUGAAUUGCAAUCCAACUUGUGUAAGGAGAAUGUCACCGAAGCCGUUUAUUGA